AUGGUAGUGAGAGAACAACUGACUGCGGAAGGACAUCCAUUACCUUCAGAAGUUACCAUAGCAUAUAAUUUUGAAACAAACUCAAUAGAUUUUAAAGUCGUCUCUGCAAAGAAGUCAGGUUUUACAUUUAAUGAAGCAGAUGUAUAUUCGAAUGAAAACUUCAAAGCUAUUGCAUGGUUAGAUAAUGACGAUUGCUUUAAGAAAAUAUUUAAAUACAGUGACUCAACGAUGUCAAUAGAUGACCUUCGUGGAAUGUUACCAUCGACGUUUACAGUAGAAGGUUCAGCAGGAUUGCUUACAAGAUUGUCAAUUGGUGGUAUUUGGUCUCGUGAGAACAUUGUUAUAAAAUCCAGUAUAAGUGAAUUUGCUGAAGAAUCUAUAUUAUGUCUUUCAAACUACAUGUAUUCGCCGCCGAAGCAUUAUAGUAUAACAAACUUUGUCAGUAAGUUUAACAUAAGACUUGUCGAACCUUCUUCAAUGAAAGAUGUUGUGCUACCUAAAGAUGGAAAGGAUGGACUCAUUAUUGAGAUGAUUUUAAUAGCAUAUUAA